AUAAAUAUGAAGCGAUACUCCGACGCUAAUCACUCUUCGGUGAACAGCCAGGGCCAGCAACAAUGAGGGUCUUCGUUUGCAUUCUGGCUGCGCUUGCGCUCUGUCAAGCUUACGACUACAAGGAAGUCCUGCGCGAUUCGCUACUCUUCUACGAGGCACAACGAUCGGGAAAAUUGCCCGCCGAUCAGAAGGUCACGUGGAGGAAAGAUUCAGCCCUCAACGACAAAGGACAAAAUGGCGAGGACUUGACAGGAGGAUACUAUGACGCUGGAGACUACGUCAAGUUCGGCUUCCCAAUGGCCUACACUGCCACCGUGCUGGCUUGGGGACUUGUGGACAAUCAGGCAGGAUACAGUGCAGCAGGCGCUUUGAGCGAUGGUCUCAAAGCUGUUAAAUGGGCAACGGACUACUUCAUCAAGGCCCACGUUAGUGCCAACGUAUUGUAUGGACAAGUGGGUGAGGGAGGCCCAGACCACGCAUACUGGGGACGUCCAGAAGACAUGACUAUGAGCAGACCCGCCUACAAGAUCGACACGUCGCACCCAGGUUCUGACCUGGCCGCUGAAACUGCGGCUGCCCUCGCUGCAGCUUCUAUCGUGUUCAAGAGCAGUGACUCCUCUUACGCCAACACCCUGCUCACUCAUGCCAAGCAGCUUUUUGACUUCGCCAAAAAUUAUCGCGGCAAAUACAGUGAUUCUAUCACCGAUGCGCAGAGUUACUAUGCGUCUGGAGAUUACAAAGAUGAACUGGUAUGGGGAGCCGUGUGGCUGUAUAGGGCAACCAACGACAACAGUUACCUGACCACUGCUGAACAGCUAUAUAACGAAUUCGGCCUCCAGAACUGGAACGGUGGAUUCACCUGGGAUUCCAAGAUCUCUGGUGUAGAGGUUCUACUGGCGAAGAUCACAAACAAACAGUCUUACAAGGACAAGGUUUCAGGCUACUGCACCUACAUCUCGACUUCGCAACAGAAGACACCCAAGGGUCUCGUGUACAUUGACCAAUGGGGUUCCCUGCGCAUGGCUGCCAAUGCGGCCUUCAUCUGUGCUUCGGCUGCGGACCUAGGCAUCAAUGCUGACAGUAAUCGACAGUUUGCCAAGAAGCAGCUGGACUAUAUACUGGGAGACGGUGGCCGCAGCUACGUCAUAGGUUAUGGCAAUAAUCCACCCACUCACCCUCAUCACAGAUCCAGCUCGUGCCCCGACGCACCGGCGGUAUGUGACUGGAACACGUACAACAGCGCGAGUCCCAACUACCACGUGCUCACAGGUGCCUUGGUAGGUGGCCCAGACAGCAGCGACAACUACAAGGACGAGCGCAGUAACUACAUCUCCAACGAGGUGGCCACUGAUUACAACGCAGCUUUCACUUCACUUCUGGCAUAUUUCAGCAAGUAGAAACAGUGACCUGACACGCCACUUUCCCUGUCACUACCAGAUCGAAGCGUAUUCGAAGUGACAACAGAAAUGUAAUAUACACAAGAGACGCUCAAUAAAAUGUUUGCCUGCA